GCAAAGCGCAGGCGCACUCCUGCCGGGCGCGGACGGCUCCGGGCCGCCAGGGGCCGCUGUGGCGCAGCCGGGCUGGCCCGCGCUGUCCCUGACGCGGAUCACUGGCCCCUCUUGAGCACGGCCUUGCCGGUUUGGCGGGGUGAAAGGUUGCGAAGAUGGCGACGGCCUUGAGCGAGGAGGAGCUGGACAAUGAAGACUAUUACUCGUUGCUGAACGUGCGCAGGGAGGCCUCUUCUGAAGAGCUGAAAGCUGCCUACCGGAGGCUCUGUAUGCUCUACCAUCCAGACAAGCACAGAGACCCAGAGCUCAAGUCACAGGCGGAACGACUGUUUAACCUUGUUCACCAGGCUUAUGAAGUGCUUAGUGACCCCCAAACCAGGGCCAUCUAUGAUAUAUAUGGGAAGAGAGGACUGGAAAUGGAAGGAUGGGAGGUUGUGGAAAGGAGGAGAACCCCUGCUGAAAUUCGAGAGGAGUUUGAGCGGCUGCAGAGAGAGAGAGAAGAGAGGAGGUUGCAGCAGCGAACCAAUCCCAAGGGAACGAUCAGCGUUGGAGUAGAUGCCACUGACCUUUUUGAUCGCUAUGAUGAGGAGUAUGAAGAUGUGUCCGGCAGUAGCUUUCCGCAGAUUGAAAUUAAUAAAAUGCACAUAUCCCAGUCCAUUGAGGCACCCUUGACAGCGACAGACACAGCCAUCCUCUCUGGAAGCCUCUCAACCCAGAAUGGAAAUGGAGGAGGUUCCAUUAACUUUGCGCUCAGACGAGUAACUUCGGCAAAGGGAUGGGGAGAGUUGGAAUUUGGAGCCGGAGACCUACAGGGGCCUUUGUUCGGUCUCAAGCUGUUCCGUAAUCUCACACCAAGAUGCUUUGUGACAACAAACUGUGCUCUGCAGUUUUCAUCCCGUGGAAUCCGACCUGGCCUGACCACUGUCCUAGCUCGGAACCUAGACAAGAACACCGUGGGCUACCUGCAGUGGCGAUGGGGUAUCCAGUCAGCCAUGAACACUAGCAUCGUCCGAGACACUAAAACCAGCCACUUCACUGUGGCCCUGCAGCUGGGAAUCCCUCACUCCUUUGCACUGAUCAGCUAUCAGCACAAAUUCCAAGAUGACGAUCAGACUCGUGUGAAAGGAUCCCUCAAAGCAGGCUUCUUUGGGACGGUGGUGGAGUACGGAGCUGAGAGGAAGAUCUCCAGGCACAGCGUUUUGGGUGCAGCUGUCAGCAUUGGAGUUCCACAGGGCGUUUCUCUCAAAGUCAAGCUCAACAGGGCCAGUCAGACAUACUUCUUCCCUAUUCACUUGACGGACCAGCUUCUACCCAGCGCCGUGUUCUAUGCCACCGUGGGGCCUCUAGUGGUCUACUUUGCCAUGCACCGUCUGAUCAUCAAACCAUACCUCAGGGCUCAGAAAGAGAAGGAAUUGGAGAAGCAGAGGGAAAGCGCCGCCACCGAUGUGCUGCAGAAGAAGCAAGAGGCGGAGUCCGCUGUCCGGCUGAUGCAGGAAUCUGUCCGAAGGAUAAUUGAGGCAGAAGAGUCCAGAAUGGGCCUCAUCAUCGUCAAUGCCUGGUACGGGAAGUUUGUCAAUGACAAGAGCAGGAAGAGCGAGAAGGUGAAGGUGAUUGACGUGACUGUGCCCCUGCAGUGCCUGGUGAAGGACUCGAAGCUCAUCCUCACGGAGGCCUCCAAGGCUGGGCUGCCUGGCUUUUAUGACCCAUGUGUGGGGGAAGAGAAGAACCUGAAAGUGCUCUAUCAGUUCCGGGGCGUCCUGCAUCAGGUGAUGGUGCUGGACAGUGAGGCCCUCCGGAUACCAAAGCAGUCCCACAGGAUCGAUACAGAUGGAUAAACUGCCAAGAACCAGAUUUUUAAAAGGCCGCAAAAAAUCUUUUCCUGGGAGUCUACAAAUUUGGAAAUGGAAAAAACCCAGACAUCAGAUGUUUUUAUUUUAUAUUAUUAUUAUAGAAGGUGGUACCAUUAUCAAUUAUGUGAAGGGACAUGCAGACACCCCAGCUUUUGAGGGUGCUGGGGGUAGGACUGAGGCAGCCCCACGGGGAACCAGACUGCAGCCUGGCCCAUGGCUGUUUUCCCAAGGACCAGUUCCUGGAGGGAAGGGCUCUGGCCCUGACUCUGCUGGGUCCCCUGAGCACGCGUGCUGACCGCAGCCCGCCGCCCUGUAGUUCUUGGCUGGGUCUGGAGGUGUCUGUGGAGCACCCUGCCCUCACCACAGGAGCGCGAGCCACUUCUGCGGUCCACGCUGAACAUGGGAAACAAACAACAUGAAAAGCAGGCAGGCCUCCCGGUCGGGGAGCCUCUGCUGCGCUGGCUUCCCAUGACCACCUCCUCCUGCUGAAAUAUUACUGCUUGAAUUUGGAGCAGAUUGCGGGUUUAUAAAACUGCUUUUUAUCUGAGAACAAACGGGUUUGGAAAUUAGUCUUUUUUCCCCACUCCCAGAGCUGCUCAAAUCAUUCCACCAGCCCCCUCGGCUUGGGACAGGGUAGUGUAACUCCCGAUGCCAGGGCCUAGCCCUGACACAGGUGGCUUCCCGUAUCCCUGUGGGAAAACGCCCUGCCACCAGCGGGCUUGAGCUGGCCUGUGUCCCUCCACCGCCUGCACCACCCACCUCCAGAGUGCAGUGCUGGGCAAGGGCAGCUCAAGAGGACAGGACCAGGCGCUUGGCAAGACAUCAGACACACCCAACCCAGAGGCGUGGACCCCAGGCCUGGCCUGUGGUGCCCAGCAGGUGGCACUGCAGCUCCCCGCUCCUGCAGGUCCAGCGUCCUCACAGGAACACCAGGGCCUGUGCUCCGGAGCCCUCCUUCAGACCCUUCCUCCACGUGCCCACUUGGGAUGCAGAAUGCAGCGGAGCUAGGACCCCCUCCACGGCCUGGACCUCGGCUGCAGUAAAGUUACGUGAGGCCUGUCUCACGGGGCCUGGAAGUGGCAGCCAUCAGUUGCUCUUGCUGACCCCUCGGAGCAAGCACCGCACAGGCGGUGGCUGAGACAGCUGGCGCCGGGGGCCCCAAGCUGCGCCGGCCUCCAGCCCACCCACAGCUGUUGCUGAAGUCAGGCCUCCCUCCCCAGCACUGGUAUCUGAGUAACGGCUAAGAACCUCCUUCCUCUGGUUUUGAAAAGCAGUUCAGGUUGUCCAAUUCUGUAACAUUCAUCUCCAUUUUCUAAAAAGGUUUCUCUGACGGCCCCACGGCCCGAGCCGCGGUGAGCGUCGUAUUGCAUGAGCCUGGGCCCCGGGCUUCCCGUGCGCCUCUGCCGCAGGUGCUUCUGGGCACCCAUCCUCUGCGUUUCAUUUGCAGUCGACUGUACAGAAGGCACUCACCACAAUAAACCUUUCCUGAAAGCA